AUGCACAUCCAAUUCCUCGUCAUCGGCCUCGCCGCACUUUUCUCUAUCGCCCAGGCGGGCUGCUUCUGCUACCAAGACACUGCCAUGACCAUUCCCAUGGUCAGAUACAGCGAGAACUCUUGCCCCGACUUCGACAUUGGCACUAGGAACGGCGACGCGGCUGGCUGCUUCAACUUCAAUGGCUCCACCGCGGGCAACUUCAACACGUGCUGCGUUUACUCGGGUUACAGGGUUCCGGAUCCUAGCACGAUCAUUGACGACUUUGAGGCAUUAUUUCCGAACAUUAUCUUGUCUAUAAGCCUAGCGAUCAUGACCCUUUCUGAGUGA